AUGAAGCGCAACCGUUCAAAUGAUAAUGGUAAGGCUGAUUCCGUAUUCAAACAGAUACUACUACAGCUUUCAUCUCUUGUGAACCGGAAAAGAAGAAAACAAUUGAUCAUAAUAUUAAAAAGAAUACUGCAAGUCUAUGGCAUAAACUUGAUAUUCUUUGUCAACAAAUGGAAACUGAAAAAAUUACAAGGCGUCAAAAUUCAACUCGAUGACCUGAUGCCAUGGCUAAGAGAAUCAACUAUAUUAGUCUUGUUGAACAUAUUAUAUCCUGCUUUAAAAAAACUUCCGAUUUUGGGAAAUGAUUACGUUCACUGGACUUCUAUGGUCGGAAUAUCAUUGAUGCUCACUAAGGGUGAAGUGCCGUCAUGGAUUUUUGCUCACUUGCUUAUUGAGGUAUUGCAUUCUAAAUCAAAGGAUUCAGAAAUUAUACGAUGGUUAAAAAGAAAAUUUUCCCAGGGCACAUGGACAAAAUUUAAACAAGUCUUUGUUUGUUCUAUGAUGGUAGUAUUAUUCAAAAAAUUGGAUAGGAAUUCGUUAUCGUUUCGUGCACUUUUCGACUACAGGCCAUUUUUAACGGAUUUCGUAACAAUUAAUGGCAUUUCCUCACUUUUAUCGAUAUAUCGAAGAGUAUUAAAAUCCGCUUUUACAUCAAGCACAAAAGCGAAUAAGAGUGGCUCCAACCAUGACAUUAGGAACUUCUCGCAAUCACUCGGUGUCAAAAAUCAUGAUGAUUGGCCCAUAUCCUCAUCAAAUUUAAAGCAUGUAAUGGAUAGACUAAAUGAAAUAUACGAAAUUACAACCGAGGACAAUUAUGCAAGCUUAAGCGAAAAGAUAAUAAAUUCGUGUUUUGUGAAGGGUAUCAUUCCAAGUUUAAGAUGGGCUAUAAUAAGGCAGUGCAUCGAGUACUUAUUCGCGGCCAAAAGACGUAUGUUGAUGAAUAACAAGUUGCGGUGGAUUGUGAUGCUUCUCACAUUUACUUUGAUAGACCCGAAGAACAAAAUGGUAAUUAGCCCACUCUUUGUGAAAUUGCUUGCUAAAACCUUAGUCAAUGUCUAUUUAAAAAAAUAUUGGCAUCACAAUUUCCAAAAGUAUAUAUUAUUUUUCAUGUUUCAAUUUAGUAUUACGUGA